GUGAUGAAGAGGUUUAUCACUCAGUGAUGUCUGUGUCAUUUACUCCAAACACCUGUCGAUGAUUCAGAGGUCUGUGGACCUGGAGGAGAAUUCCUGACAAAGGAGAUUUGUUGGCGUGCUGUGGUGACUGAUGAACGUUCUGGAGGACGUCCCAUUUCAGACCUGUCUGGGUCCACUGGAGGAGGAAGUGCAGCUCCUGACAGCUCCGGACAUCACUGAACCAAACUGCCUCCAGAUAAUGAAGGAAACUGAGUAUGGGUUUAACCUAGAGAGGUGGAUUUUAACCGGGCAGCAGCCAGUCUGUCAGACUCCUUCCUGCCCCCCUUACUGGAUGAUGUUCAGCAGCCCUCAGGAGAGUCACAGAGUCGGUCGUAGGAGCAGUGAUCCGUGGACCAGCAGCCCACGGCCCCGCAGCCACAGCCUGAACUCUACAGACCCCCGCUGGCUGCACCAUCGCACCGUCAAGUUCCUCAUAUCUGACUCUGAUGAUGAUGAUGAAGAAGGCUCCUCCACUGAAGAUGCACCCCAACCCCCCAAGAGCAGAGAGCGGCCCCGCAGCACUGCUCCCAAAGACCCGAUCUCCAGGGUCAAAGACAUGCACCUUGGUCCUGCUACUCACCACUGCAAGCCUGAUUCCCCCCAGACGCUCAGAGGCCACAGAGGUUCUCUCCCAGACUGCAGACAGCCUCUACGUGCUCUGGAGCAGCACAGGUCGCAGCAAUGCAGCCCCCUCCAUCACAGCCAGAAGAACAGCAAGAAGAGGCAGCGCUCACUGAGCUCUGGGGGCAGAAAAUAUUCCCAAAACACACCACCAGCUGGCCCUUCUCCAUCCAGGGUGCAGCAGCAGCGACCCUCCUCUGCAGGGCCUGUGGUCAAAAACCGCAGGAAGAAGGUCCUGACAACCAGUGGCUCUCGUGGAGUUUUCUUUGACUCAGCAGCAGAGCUUCUGUCAGCACUCAGCCAGGAGGAGAGGGAGCUUCUGGAAACCAUCACUGAGAAGGGCUACCCAUUACGCACGGCUAUCCUGGCUCUGCAGAAGACAGGUUAUAGGAGCCCAGAGAAAGUCUUAAAGUACCUGGUAGCCAGUGACCGCCUGUGUGAGCUAGGCUAUGAUGAAGCACAGGUGGAGGAGGCCUUGGAGAUGUUUCAGAACUGCGAGAGCAAAGCUGCCGAGUUCCUGCGCCUGUUGACUCAGUUCAAUGAGAUGGGCUUCCAGCAAAGUGCCAUCAAAGAAGUGCUUCUUGUUCAUGAAAACCACCGUGAGAGGGCUCUUGAGGAACUCAUGACACACAUGGCUUAAACAAACCAUCUUCUACAGAAAAUCAUUUUUCACACAGACAGUGAAAAGACUCCAUUGAUCCUGCCUUCGCAUUCUUACUUGGACUCAGUGGACAUAAAACGUGUGCAACUGAAAAACAGAGGCAAGAACAGACACUUAGACUUAGUUUUUUUUACUGUUUAUUUACAGCUUGAUGUAAAAAUAAAAUAAAAGUGCAGUGACUA